CGUAGACACGUCGUUUCCUUACGGCAGGCGACGCUGCGCUUCCAUAUUGACGGUUUUUUUAAGGGAAACAUUUUGAAUUUGGGCACAUUCCUUUUUCCUGCAGUCUGUCUAUUACAUUACACAUAGCUUAUCUGUGCGAUCUAUACCGUUUGCUAGUGAAUGCCAAAGAAUUGUAUUCUUAUUGUUAGAGCAAGAUAAUCUUUGUACACGUAGUAGAAUUAAGCUUGCCCAGAGUAAAGAUGGCUGCUCCGGCAGCUGCAUCUUUCGGGAUGUUUGACGAUGACAGCCGAAAACAUCCGAAGAUCGUCUCAGCAAUAUGGCGAUGUCCAGGAGAGGGAAGAGCCUGUUGGUUCGAUCAUCGGUUCCCCUUCAAAUAUUACUUUAUUUCAGUGUUGUAUAUUAUGUCUUUUACUUUCUAGCUACCCUACUCAUGAUCAUUUAUAAAAGUCAGGUCUUCAGUUAUCCUGACUCUAAUUUAGCGCUAGAUCUUGGCCUGCUGUUCCUUAUGGCAAUUCUGGAAUCUGUGAGGCUGUAUCUGGGUACAAUGGGAAACCUAUCAGAAGAAGAACUUCCACUAGGAUUCAGUCUAUUCUUCACUAUUGGCAAUGUCCUACUGUCUGUAUAUUUUUUAGUAUGGCAGACCUAUAUUCUGAGAGCGGAUGUCAUUAUUAUCGCAAUCCUAUUGGUCCUGUAUGGUCUGGAAGCGAUCCUAGAGGUCUUCACAAUUGCAGGAUUUUUCCGUUAAUAAUAAAGCAUUACCUUGAGGUAAAUAUUAGCGACGUGCGGCGGCUCCCGUCAUGGGUCUUGGUUUCGGUUUUGGAGCUAUAUUUUUUUACAAAAAUCAUAAAAACAACUAAAAUCACA